ACUCUUUUUUCAGAGACUUUAGGACUCGGUGGUGGUGGAAAGUUUCCAAAAGGGUGGUGCCAUUGCCACAUAAGAAGCAUAGAAACGUCUCUGGCUUUUGACACGUAGAUCAUCCAUGCUUGCAUGCAAAAUUCAAGACAUACAAGUGUACAUCUAAAACACCAAUAAGGACUUGGCAGAAUUAUAUGUUAAGAGUAAUUAGUGUAUGUCAUGUACGUAAUCAUAUUUAUUAGCAGAACAUUAAUAUACCUAUUUUUUAUUUUUUUUUGUGCUGUUCAAUCUGGUCAACUUGACUCAUUCCAAGAGUCUAUGAAGUGGAGGCACAUUGAUGAGUGUUUUUGGGUGGUUGGUUAUGUUUACACAAUUUGGUGGCUUCUAUGUGGCUGCACUAGGUGGUUUUCAUGGACAAGAGUCACCAGCAGGAGUGAGGCUAAGGAGUGAAGGAGUGACUGAGUUGCUGAAUGCUAUGGGCGGAAUUCAAAUUUUCGACACUUAUUUAAAUGAACGAAAUAGACGAGUGAGCUGACCACUUAACGAACCUAAGUUAUUGAUUGACGUAUACACUUAUAAAUAGAGCUUAUCCAUAAAAUUUUCAACUUCAUUUUGUCUCCAAUUAAACAUACCCUUACAGUUAUUAGUUAUAGUGUUUUUGGCAAUUUGAGAUGGCCUAAUUUUAAUUCUAGUUGAAGUAGUGACUUGUGAGUUGUCCAUUGUUGGUGUCAUAAUAGUACUGUCAAUCGAUUCAAUUCCAUAUACUAUAAUAAGCAAUUCCUUCUUUUGUGCUGUGGAAUUCAGGCCUCUGUGCUAUUUAGAACAUCUUUCUCUGCAUAAUGAAACUGGAAUGGAUCCACCAGGCAUUAGAGUGAGGGCAGUACCUGGGCUUGUUGCUGCAGAUAACUUUGUUCCUGCUUAUUCCUUUUGGUCUCUUAAUUCAAAAUUUGGCAAAAAUUGGAUAUGAAGGGAAGAACUUGCACAUGGCUUCCUAUGACUGGACACUUUCUUUCCAAAAUACUGAGAACAAUAAUGUUUUCGAGCAUCAACAGGAAAUUGCAUGUGAUGAUGUAUGGACUGAAUAUGAUGAGAUGAGCAGAGAAAGCACCCAAAAAGUUGCUACAGAAAAGGUUUACACAGCAAGAACUGUUAUUGAUCUGCUUAAUUUUGCAGCACCAAAAACGAUGAAGCGUGCUAAGGCUCACUUCUCUCAUGGAAUUGCAGAGAACUUAGAUGAUCCAAAAUAUGCUCAUUACAGAUACUGGUCCAAUCCACUUGAAACCAAGUAAGGAUAGGAAGUUAUGAGAUAUUCAUAAUUUUAUACUACCAAGUACCAAGUUAUUAUGGGAAAUGUUGCAUUGGUUGAAGAUGUUUUGAGAGUUGCUGCCGGAGCCACUGGUGAAGAUAUUGGUGAUGAUAGGAUAUUCUCAGAUAUCAUGAGAAUGUCUGAGAGGAUAAAUCUCAGCUUAUAAAUAAUUUUUAUCUGUUUUAUGCUUUGAUUUUCUUGCAUGAAAUGUUAUCCAACUCAGUAGUUAACUUGUAAAUAAUCUGUAGAUAGGUGUAGAAGGUGUUUUGCAAAUGUUAAUGCGAAACAACCAUGGGACUUAUGUCUAAAAUAAGUCACCAAAAUCAGUCACUAAUAUAA